AUGGCCUCAAUCGAUCUGCUCAGCAGCUUGCCGGACGAUGUCAUAUUCCACAUUCUCUCUUUUCUCCCGACAAAGCUCUCAAUGGCGACCAGUGUUCUCGGAAAAAGAUGGAGGUUUCUAUGGGCCCAUGUACCUUCUCUGCAUUUCAGUGGACCACCACCCUUGUGCAAUUUCACGGAAGAAGGAGCACGAGCCUUGUACUAUUUCAAGAAAGAAGGAACACGAGCCUCGGACAUGAUCCACAAGAUAAUAUUGCGGCACAAGGCAAAAAGAAUUGAUUCUUUAACACUAUAUCACUUCAACUGCAGUGAGUAUCAACUGGAGACAUUGAUUACAACCGCCAUAGACCGUAGUAUCCGGAAUCUUUAUCUUGAACUUAAAUUCCAUGCAAUCCCUAAAUCUCUCUUCAACUGCAAAACCAUAGUCGACUUGACACUUUGUAUCAGUACAAUGUCACUUUCGGCUGUGGACAAUGUCUCUUUGCCUAGCCUCAAGAAGUUUCAUGUUUCUACUAAUGUUGUGUGUGAGAAUGAUGGAGCCCUCCCUCACUUUCUUUCUGGCUGUCCGUCGCUCGAGGAGUUGAGUAUGGCAAUCAUCUUUGAUUAUGAUUAUGUGGGCUGCAUAAAUAUAUCAUCACCCACGAUAAAGACUCUCAAGCUAGAUCUUAGCUAUGAGUUUGAUCCGGAUGAACCUGAAUAUAUGUUGAUAAUAAAUACCCCGGCACUUAGAUAUCUCCAAGUGGAUGACUAUGACUUGGAGUGUAUAACAAUUCCUAUAGCCAUGAUCUCCUUAGAUGAUGCGAGUAUCUGCUUAAUAUAUUAUUCCUUCUCAGAUCUCAAAACAAAUUACAUUUCCAAGGUGAAGUUUCUUCAUUCUCUGUGUUAUGUGAAGUGCCUAAAGAUAUCAGGUUGUGAUUUUGAUGAGUUUGUUGAUGGAGGAGUUGCUUUUUCAACUGUAAAGUUUGAUAAUUUAACCAAACUUGAAGUCCAGUUGAACUUCAAAUGGAGUUUGCUUGUAAAGUUCCUUGAAGUUGCUGAUAAUCUUCAAGUCCUUAUAGUAAGUGGAGUUUAUCGUUGA